AUGCUUCCACUUCCAUGUCUGUGUCAAAAUUCUUCUGCUGCUGCUUUUCUUGUUCAUGCUGUUAUUGUUGCUAUUGCUGCUGUUUUUGGAGAUGUUUUUUUUUCUCUUUCAUCUGCUUUCCAGGAUUAUGCUGCACCUUCUUUAUCUGCUCCUUUGCCUCCUUUGGCCGUUCUUUUUGGAAAAUAUCUAUCUAUCUAUCUAUCUAUCUAUCUAUCUAUCUAUCUAUCUAUCAAUCUGAAUUUCUUUCUUUCUAUCAAUCUGAAUAUAUUUCUUUCUAAGUACACUUCUUUCUUUCUUUCUUUCUUUCUAACUACCUAUCUAUCUAUUUGUAUCCGUGUAUAUUUAUCUAAUUAUCCAUCUAUCUGUCUGUCUAUCUAUCUGCAUAUCUAUCUAUCUCUCUAUCUUAGUUUACAUUUAUGUAUCUAUCUAUCUAUAUCAGUUGUUAAUGCUGAUAUCAUGUUUUCCACUACGUGCGCACCGUUAAAGCUAAUUUACCACCAAAAAUCUGUUUCGAACCUAUCACGUAACAUACAACAUUAUAAAUGCAAGGAAACAUUUUCAACUCUCUCUCUCUCUCUCUCUCUCUCUCUCUCUCUCUCUUCUUUGUUUUCUCAGAACCACAACGAUGUAGUCAGUGAAGAGGCUGCGCCUGUUCCUUAA